CCAAGAAAAGAAAAGAGAUAACCAUAGUACAAACCUGAGGUACAAACAAAGAACAAAGAUCUAGGUAAUUCUAAAAUCUAAAACAUUGAUCGCGUUCCGAACGUACAAAGUCAAUUGUCAAAAUUUGUUUUCUUUUCGAUUUUCGAAAAAGAAAAGGUUUUCACAAUGUCUAUUUCACCAUUCAUUCGUUCUCCUUUCACGGACAUCACUGGUGGCAUGGUGUCCCACCAGCAACUCGGCCGCUGUCAGAAGGAGGAGGCACGGUACAUGGACUGCCUGGAGGUAUACGGCUUGGAGCGUGGUAAAGUGAAGUGCGCUCAUUUGUUCAGCGAUUUCCAUGAAUGCCAGACCUGGACCAAGCAGUUCAAGCGGUUUGUUGUAAUGCGUGCUGAGAGGGAAAGACAAAUAGCCGAAGGAAAACUAACUGGAGAUAAAGAAUAUGUCAGCCCCAAAGUGGACAGUUAUUAAGCAAAUGUAGCGCAACAUUAUGGUUCUGUUUUAUAGAUGUAAAUAAAAAUUAUUUAAGAA